GCAGGACGAAGCCCCGAGGCGGAGAGGGUGGGGCCUGUGCGCGCCGGGGACUCUCCUUGUGAGUGCCGAGGCGGGCUGCUUGAGACGACUGGGACACCAGGUGGAGACGCACGUGCGAGUGUGGGGCGGGUGAGAAGGGAAGGACAGCUGAGAAACGGCAUUACAAAAAGAAAGCCAGCUGUGCACCGGUGCCUCCGCCGACAGUCAACGCGGCAGCGGAGGGGACGGGCGCGCGCUCCCGGGCUCGCGCCUCAUGCCGCGGGCACUCGGGCGGGCGGGGGCGGCGCGGGCGGCGCGGGGGCGGGGCCUAAGGCGGCGCGGGCGAAGGCGGCGACCCAGACAUCUGGGACUGUUGUUGUUCUCUCGCUUCAUGCCCGCCUCAGUCAGUUCGAGCUGAGCUCCGGAGCUAGUCUGCUGGGAGGCGGCUGUCCUGUCUCCGCCCUCUCUCCCGGUUCGCUGAAGCUGCGGCAGGAGCUGGCGGCGACUGAACAGCUCGUGGUUGGUCUCCGAUGCCCUUCGUCAAGGAGGGGGUUUCUGGAUCCUGGUGAGCGCAUCUAGAGCCCCCUGGACUCGGUGUCUUCGCCCGCCCCUCGGACCCGCAAACCCGUGUGUCUGCAAUGGCUGAGAACGCAGAUGAUGACCUGAACUCUAACCUGCUCCACGCCCCCUGCCUCACUGGGGACCCCCAGCUAGACACGGCCAUCGGGCAGUGGCUGCGUUGGGACAAGAAUCCCAAAACAAAAGAGCAGAUUGAAAAUCUCUUGCGGAAUGGGAUGAACAAGGAAUUGCGUGACCGUCUUUGUUGUCGGAUGACUUUUGGGACUGCUGGACUUCGAUCUGCCAUGGGAGCAGGGUUUUGCUACAUUAAUGACCUUACAGUAAUACAGUCAACACAGGGGAUGUACAAAUACCUGGAGAGGUGUUUUUCAGACUUCAAGCAGAGAGGCUUUGUUGUUGGCUAUGACACUCGGGGUCAAGUGACUAGCAGCUGCAGCAGCCAGAGGCUUGCUAAACUCACUGCCGCGGUGUUGCUUGCUAAAGAUGUUCCUGUUUACCUUUUUUCAAGAUACGUUCCUACACCUUUCGUACCAUAUGCUGUCCAGGAGCUCAAAGCAGUUGCAGGUGUGAUGAUUACUGCAUCUCAUAACCGCAAAGAGGACAACGGGUACAAAGUUUACUGGGAAACUGGUGCUCAAAUCACAUCUCCACAUGAUAAAGAAAUUCUGAAAUGUAUAGAAGAGUGUGUGGAACCCUGGAAUGAUUCUUGGAAUGAUAAUUUAGUGGACACUAGCCCACUGAAGAAAGAUCCUCUGCAAGACAUUUGCAAGAAAUACAUGGAAGAUCUGAAAAAGAUCUGUUUUUACAGGGACUUAAAUUCAAAGACCACCUUGAAAUUUGUACAUACCUCCUUUCAUGGAGUUGGACAUGACUACGUGCAGAUGGCUUUUCAAGUAUUUGGUUUUAAGCCUCCAAUUCCAGUCCCAGAACAGAAAGAUCCAGAUCCAGACUUUUCUACUGUUAAAUGUCCAAACCCUGAAGAAGGAGAAUCUGUGCUGGAACUGUCCCUGAGACUGGCAGAGAAAGAAAAUGCCCGGAUAGUGCUAGCCACAGAUCCUGAUGCAGACCGGCUGGCUGUGGCAGAACUUCAGGAGAAUGGUCGUUGGAAAGUUUUCACAGGCAAUGAGUUGGCAGCUUUGUUUGGGUGGUGGAUGUUUGAUUGCUGGAAGAAGAACAAACCAAACGCAGAUGUGAAGAAUGUUUACAUGCUAGCCACCACUGUCUCUUCUAAAAUUUUAAAGGCAAUUGCACUUAAAGAAGGAUUUCAUUUUGAAGAAACAUUACCAGGCUUUAAAUGGAUUGGAAGUAGGAUAAAAGACCUCCUAGGAAAUGGGAAAGAAGUCCUUUUUGCAUUUGAAGAGUCUAUUGGCUUUCUGUGUGGAACCUCCGUGUUGGACAAAGAUGGAGUGAGUGCAGCUGUUGUUGUUGCUGAAAUGGCCUCUUUCCUGGAUACCAGGAAGAUAACACUGAUGGAACAACUGACAAAAGUUUAUGAAACAUACGGUUAUCACAUGUCAAAAACUUCAUAUUUCUUGUGUUAUGAUCCACCUACCAUUAAAACCAUAUUUGAAAGGAUUCGCAAUUUUGAGUCUCCAAAGGAAUAUCCAAAGUUUUGUGGGGCAUUUGCUAUUUUGCAUGUGCGGGACGUAACCACUGGAUAUGAUAGCAGCCAGCCAAAUAAGAAAUCAGUACUGCCUGUGAGUAAAAACAGCCAAAUGAUUACAUUUACUUUCCAAAAUGGCUGUGUUGCUACUCUUCGAACAAGUGGGACAGAACCAAAGAUAAAGUAUUAUGCAGAGAUGUGUGCAUCACCUGGCCAGAGUGACACUACCUUACUGGAAGGAGAAUUAAAGAAACUCAUUGACGCUCUGAUAGAGAACUUUCUGGAGCCCAGUAAGAAUGCACUGAUCUGGCGUUCUGUGUAGAGCACAUCAGUACAUUAUGACUUUGCACUGACAUAUGGAACGAAACCUCCAAGAACUCCACUCAGUGAACCUUGUGUUAGAAUUCUCUCAUCUGCCAAGCUAUCUUUUCCCUUUCUUUCCUGUGUUCAUCUGGCUUAAUAGAUUAUAUACAGUUGAAAUGAAAAUGUUUGAAUGAGUCAAAUAUUUUCAUAAUCUUAAAUGACAGUCAUUGCAUUGAAAGUGUUCCAGUGGCACGCUGUUCCUCCUGUACCACAAACAAUACAAAAGUCAGUUUUCUUAUUGAACUGUGGUUAAGCUUAGUUAUAUAUCUUGUAAUUGUGUAUAGCAUGGUUUAAAAGAAGUCAAACAUAUAACUAUAGGGUUAGUUAAGGAAAUUAUUUCUUAAAGGUGUGUGUGUGGCUAAGAGUACUGUUCCUGCCCAGUGUGGGAAAGUUCUUGUGUUGUAGAUAGUUUUUCAAAUUAGAAACCCAGCUUGGUGGCAUAUUCCUGUCAUCACAGCCCUAAGGAUGCUGAGGCAGGAGGAUCAUUAGUUAGUUUAUGGCCAGCCUGGGCUGCACAGUAAUUCUGUCUCAAAGAAAAAAAAAAGAAAGAAAAGAAAAGAAAAACUGUUUAUAGGUUAUUUAGGUUUUCUGAUUUAGGACAGAUGUUACAGUCUGUGGUUUUGCACCUCUGUUUCAGGUGCCCUUGGCAUGGUCUAUAUUUACUGUUUGUAUUUAAGACUGAUGUUUACUGAACAUAAAACAGUAGUGGCAGCACUCCUCGUGGCUUUAUUCCUGUCAAACUCCUCAGUGCAUUCUCAGGGUCUAGUGUAAACUGAAACAACGUUCUUGCGUUGAAUAUAAUUCCAUCAGUCCAUUUUCAGAUAGUUAAAGAAAAUCUUCCAAACUAUACAGGUGCUUCCUCUAUAGGAAACAGAUUUGUUGACUCUAAAGAUGGUUAUAGAAAAAGGUCUUAAUAAAAUUUGGCUUAAUGUAGCUGUAGCUGAGUCUUGAUGCGAGGAUUCAAUUAUCAUAACCUAUAAGUGAAAAACUCUGUCCUGUGGCAUUUAUUUGGCAAUCUUUUUGAAUUACAUUUUUAUAACCAGAUUUAUUUUAUCUGAUAAUAUUAAUUUUAAUAAGGAAUGAAACAUCAAGAUAUAAGUAUUUUCUACAGCCAUACCUAACCUUGAUUCAAUCCUUAAUCUCAUUUUAUCUUAGAAGCUAAACAAGGCUAAGCAUGGUGCUUGAAUGGGAAAUUUUAGGUAUUACAAAACACUGAAACUGAUGUUUAAAACUAGGUCAAUUUAUUUUCGUAUGUUCUAGCAGGCUUUGGAAUUUCUGAUCAUAUAAAUACUUUUCAUCUUUUUCCAAUGCAAAACAGUUUACAGGAAAGUUAUUUGUGGUUGACUCUCUAGCCUUCUGAAAAGCCCUAAUAGAAAAAUAUUGUCCAGGCUUCCCAAAUUAUAUAUUUCCCUACAUAGUUUACAGAAUACACACAUUAUAGUUAUGAUAACAGUAACAAGGCCUUCAGGUACAAUCAUUUAAGAAAAGUUGCCUAUAGGAGACAGCACUGACAUUAGAUGAUUUGUUUCCUAAAAGUAAAUAAUAUAAAGCCUAAACUGAUUAGAAUGUUAAUUAAAUCAUGGUUUGGUUUGUUACAGCUUGAGGAUAAUUUUGGUCGAGCUUAUAAAAUCCUGACAUAGGUUUUACAUUAUGUUGCCACUAUUGCUCUGUGUUCCUUCCUUACUGUCUUAGAGCUGGGUCUUAUCUGACUAUAGAUGAUAGCUAGUUAAUGUUCAGUACCAUUUUCAUUUCAGUAUAAGUUUAUUUUAAAGGCUUUGUGCUAAAAAGUAGUAUAUAGGAUCUUUUUGUUGGCCGGGCGGUGGUGGCGCACGCCUUUAAUCCCAGCCCUUGGGAGGCAGAGGCAGGUGGAUUUCUGAAUUCGAGGCCAGCCUGGUCUACAGAGUGAGUUCCAGGACAGCCAGGGCUACACAGAGAAACCCUGUCUCGAAAAACAAAAACAAAAACAAAAACAAAAAAAAGAAUCUUUUGUUUUAUUUUUAAAAUGUUUAAAACAUUUUAUUGGCUUUUAGGAGUAUAAAUUGUAGUUUAGGAAAUAGUAUGUAUUCUACAAAGUGGUAUAAUCAAAGCUAUACAUGGAAAAAACAUGCAUAUUCAGUUUUAGUGUCUGUGUCCCAGUGGCCCAAUGACAAAAUGGAAACUAAAGUGAUGUGGCAGCCUAUUUCUAACAAAAAAGCCACAUCAUGAUUGUCAUUCAUUUACGAAGAGAACAUCUUUGUUUCAGUGCUUAAGCAUAUACAAGAAAUAAGUCAUCUUAAAGUAAAGUUACUGACAUUUGAGCUCUUAUCUUGAAAAGCUAAGUUCCAAGUAUGUAUAAAGGUUACCAGAGUGUGUAAGUUGAGGAGACUGUUUGAUUUUUGUCUAUAUUCUUGAGUCUGUCUGAGCAUGUUUAACAUGAACUUGACCCAAUGGGUGCACAGGUGCCUAACAGGACAAAAUUUAACGACAGCUCAAGAUAGGAGUGCCAGCCUGUGGGUCUCGACUUUGGGAUGAUAACUACAUUGUUUAUCUCUUCCCUUUUUUCAGCAAUAGUAUGGGGAUAUAUUCCCUUUGAGCAAAUAAAUCAAAACAACUAUUUUUUGGAAUUCUGAGGAAAAGAAUUAGGCUGGAAUACAGCCCAGUGGUAAAGCACUUAUCUAGCAUGCAGAUAAAGCAAAGCUUAUAUUUGAUCUCUGGCAAUACAAAAAAGAAAGAGAAAGGUUAUUACUGACGGAGCGAAGUCAAACAUAAAGUGGUAAUAACGAACAAGAGACCAAAGUAAUGAUGGUAUAAGAAAUGCUCGAGAAGUACAAACCAUGCACUGUAAUGGUGGGUAAACUGUAUGCGGGCCUUUCACUUGUGCUUGUUAGGAUGCACAGACAGCAGGCCUGUAUUGUUUUCCUUCAGUAGUGAUCACUGACAAGAAGCCCAGUUCUAGGAGGUGAGGUUCAAUUGAACUGUGGGUUCAGUUCCUAGUGGGAUGUUGUUUCAGAAUCACAUGUUAAUGAAAGAAGAUAAAGAACAAAAUUAAAAGAGAUAAAACCAAGACUGAAAAGUGUAACCUCUAAGAAAAAGUUGAAGGCAUUAAGAUUAUUGGACUCUGAAACAAAGAGCUGUUGAGUUCAUUUACUAAAUCAUAAAUUAUUCAUUGGGGUUUUUGCUAAAGGUCUCAGUAAGAAGCACUAUUGGCACCCUGGUUAUCUCUAGUGAAGACACCACAGGGAAUAAAGUUGCAAAAAACUAAACAAGACCUAGUCUAAAAACUGAAAAAGGCGACAGAGAAAGGAACUAGUUGAAAAGUGAGUCAAACAGGUAGGAGAGGGUUAAGAGAAGGAUGAUGGUGUUACUAUCAUCAUAAUACAUUCUAUACACAUAUGUAAUGGUCAGAAAUAAAUGAAUGGACAACAUGAAAUGUUUAAGAGGUUAGAAUUUCCUGGAUGGAAGUGAUCAUAAAACCUAUUUGAAACCUUAUUUUUUGAUGGAAUAAUAUUUGAAAUAUUAAGGGAUAUACCAAAUGUCAGUUUAAAGAUUCCUUCAAACAUAUUUUUAAGAAUGGGUUUGGAACAGACUUGUGUAUAGAGCGCUACCGGUAACUUUUGUGUUUCACUCCAUAUCUAGAGUUUGGCUCACCAAUAACUUGUAUAUAUUUUGAAUGGGAGGUGCAUGGGUGCAGCGAUGUGUGUUCUCUUUAAUUUGCCAGCUAUAUGAGGCUUGAACACACUUGUGUUCAUCUGGGAGAAUGGGCACCUUUAUAAGAUAUUUAAGAUUUAUUGCAAAUAUAAAGUAUCAGCAUUUGGAUAUAGUAACUUAAGAGAGAGUCCAAGGGAUUGGAUACUUUGUGAUGUAGCAAAUAGACCCCCUCCCCCAUUUCUUUAUGAAGAUGCUUCUGGAGUUGAUGCAACAGAGACAUAAGUGGGAGUCUCCUGGAGCAGUUCAGUAAUGCUGCUUCUGCUGCUGUUUUCAGACUUUCCACUGAUAUUUGUAAAGCUUGAAAAAUACAAAUUCCAUUUGGAUACAUUUAAUUUCACACCUUCCCUGCUCUACCUCCCUCCCCGGGCGUCCUUCUACCUUCUGUUACUGUGAAAUGCUACUACUCUGUUACCUCACUGAUGAGAGUCUUAACUGUUCAUUCAGAUGGCUUUAAACUUAGUUGUGAAUGGUUUGUUUAUAGACUGUCGUUUUCAUUGUUGUCAGAAUAUUUGAGAUGUACUGUAUGAAAUAACUUCAGUGUCUUUCAAAGCCCGUUUCUGGUUGCUGGAUACUACUAGAUGGGUGACACUGUGGGCUUGUACAAUGGAUUUGUUUUCUGAGUUUGUUCUAGAAACUGAUGAGGAAGCAGGUAUACCAACCAAAGUAAGAAGCUGAUCAAGAGUUGUAUUGGGGGUUCUCUGUGCUCUGGGCUGUCAGAGUACAAAAAUUUGAGGAAAUAUUUUUUCACAUUGUCCCUUGAAGAAUUUUACCAUAAGUUCAAGGUCAGUUUAAGCUACAUGGAGAGAUCUAGACCAAUAAAUAAAUAAAUAAAUAAAUCAAGCAAGCAAGCAAGCAAGCAAGCUUAAAAUAGAAGAGAGUGGCGCAUUGUCUGCCUCUUCACAAAGCAUUGGUUUAGUACCAAUCAGAAACAAAAUCAGUGCUAUUAUUUUUAACUAUUCAAAAAAAGAGAACCUAUACAUUUAAUUAAGAGGCCAAGACAAGGACAAAGUGACCAGAGUUUGCUUUCUAAAUUUUCUAUCAACAGCACCCUAAAGUAGAAGAGCAUGAAAAGGAUGGGGAAUGGGGCCUUGAGAGCAAAACCCAAAGAAGCCAUUCACUGACGUGAGAGCCCAUGGGAGCCUCUCAGUCACAAGUGAAUUGCCAGUUCUCUACAGUAAACUGUAAAGAUGAACUUCAAUCAUUAGGAGAGAAACACAGGGCACUGGGGUGCUGCUCAGUGGUAGAGGGCUUGCCUGAUAUGCCAAAGGUUCUAGGCACAACAUCCCCAGCACCAUUAGAAAAUAAAAAGAAAAAAGGAAAAUAUCAGAAAGGUACACAAGUUUAUCAUGUAACUCCUAAAUUCCCAGCCCCAAAACCCCCAUCUGCAAUUGCUGCUUUUUCCUGGAAGAACAUACAGUGAUCUUAUAAUGAAUACACAUUCUAGGAUAUUCUCUGCCUUUAUACUUCCAAAGUAUUAAUGCCAGAUUAAUUGGCCUGUGACAUAUGUUACCCUUGAACCUUAUAAUAUUGUCUGAUGUAUAAGGCAGUUUAUUUUGUUUAAUUCACUAACACUCCACAACCUACCUGUCAGCUGCCUGAGAGCAAAGAUCAUGGCUUAUUGUUUUUAAUACCUAUUUUGCUUAAUUCAGUAUCUCCUAUUAUACAGUAUUUAACUGGUGGUAAUAGUAGUAAAGGAAAAAGCUUAAAAGAUAAUAAAACUAAUUUU